GCAAAAAAUAUGAUUCAAGCCGAGCCGGGGAGGGGACUUAUUGUGUCUGCCAAGAUGAAUUUUCUUCUGCAGCAACUUGCUGACAGUGCAAGGCACUGGGUGUUAUGAAUCCAAGCUUACUAGUAACUGGAUCUGGCCUACCACCCCCUCCCAUAUUCUCUGUUGGCAUAUCUCUUUCUCUGGCUGAGGAAACUGGCACCUGGGACGUGAGGACGUAUGCAUCAAGAUUUACAGCUUAGAGCCUGCAGAGUUGAACAACCGAACUGAUCUUCAGUUAUCUGCCUAAUAAUGUCUCUUCCUCGACAGCUAAGGGAUGAAAGUGACUUUGAACAGCUUCCAGAAGACGUUGCUGUGUCUGCCCAUAUUGCAGAUGUGGAAGAGAGAAGUGGUUUCACAGUAUACUAUACAUUUGUGAUCGAGGUCAGAACAAAAGGCGGCUCCAAGUAUUUUAUAUACAGAAGAUAUAGCCAGUUUUUCACUCUACACACGAAGCUUGAAAACAAUUAUGGCCCGGAGAGCGGUAUGGCACCUUAUAUUUUCACAUUCCCACCAUUUCCUGCAAAGAUUUAUGUUGGAAACAAGAAGGAAAUUGCUGAGAGUCGCAUUCCUCUCCUGAAUGCCUACAUGAAGGCACUUCUGAACUCACCCGUCUGGAUUCUUUUAGAUGACGACCUUCGAAUAUUCUUCUACCAAACAGCAGAUGAGAGCAAAAGAAUCCCUCGAGCCUUGCGCAGGUUACGCCCUCCAACUCGGAGAAUUAAGAAGAACUCCCAACACAUUUUGGAUAUGGAAAGACCCCGGGCAGAGGCUCUAUUUGACUUUAAUGGAAAUGCUAACCAAGAACUUAACUUUAAGUGUGGAGAUCUCAUAUAUCUUUUAAGUCGAGUGAACAAGAACUGGUUAGAGGGAUCUACUGCGGAUGGAGUAGGAAUAUUCCCACAGUCCUUUGUGAGAAUUAUCAAGGAUCUUCCUGAGGAAAAAUUUCCUGUCAGCUAUCUACGCUGCUAUUUCCAUGAUUGUGAUGUAUGCUCAAUCAGAGAUAUCCCCUUGGAAGAGGAUGUGAAGAAGAGGCCAUCAUACAAUGAAUUGCUUCAUUUAAUGAGAGAUCAGUUCCCUGGCAUUGACCUGGCUCUAAAUAUGAAGGAUCCAGAUGGUGACCUGAUUCGCCUGAUGGACAACAGUGACAUGGAGCUUCUUGUCAUAAAUGGAAAAAGAAAAUCACAACUAGAGAACUUCUUCCCCUGGGAAUUACAUAUCACACGCCUUGAUGACCUGGACGUUUAUAAUAAUAUGGAAUGAGGAGAAAAUCAACUGCUGGAAAUAAUAGAAGAUUUUCGGAACCUAAGAGACAUAAAUUGGUCCAAACCAAUUUUACUCACAUUUAGGUCAGCAAAGUGGGAAGUCCACAGAUCAUUCAAUCCAAAGAAAUUAGAUUAGGAAACUUUCUAAAGACACUGCAGCAAUCUGAUAUGUUUCUUAAAAGGGAACCUGUCACGUAAAUAAAUGCAGCCUGAUUUACAGGUAUAAUGUUAUAGAGCAGGAAGAGCUGAAGAGAUUGAUAGUUAGUUUUGUGGGAAAAGUUCCAGAAUAACUUGUCAUUGAUUCAUGAACAUCUCUGCUUAUUUUGAGCUAAGUAGUCAAGUGGAGGGUCCUGCUCCGUGUGAAUAGAGAUUUACAUGAAUAUAUUAAAAUUUAUCCUGGUACUUUUCCUACAAUACUACAGUCAAUCUGAUCGGCUCAUCCAGCUCUAAACCCUGUUGUUACCAAAAGGCGCUUGGGGGUACUGCUCUGACUAGAUUUUAAAACAUGAGCUCAUUUUGACUUGCUUCCCCACCUAUAGACACAAAAAGAGUUACUCUAUCGCAACCCAUUAUGACUUUAAAUAUUUUAUUAUAUGUGAGUUUUAUUUCAUUAUUCUGGGCCUAUUGUCAUGGUUUAUUUCUACCUCAAUCACUAACCCACUUAAAAAGACAAAAAGACAUAGCAUCACAUUUUCUGAUAUAGCACAGUGGUAAAAAGUACCCUAAUGGCCUUAAAUGGGAACUGCCAUAUCCAAAAACUUUUUAUAUGUUGUUUCUAUACUAAUGAAAAUUAAAGACCUUUUGUAAUAUGAUUGUUAACAUUUUUUUAAUAUUUAAUAAACACUAACCAGUCUUGCAGCAGCAUCAGGCUUGUCCAUGAAUCAUGGACAAGAGAUGACUCAUGGACAAGGCUGCAUGAGCAGACGAGCCACUGACCUCCCACCACCACAAGAUGGCACACGCCCCCUUCCCCUGAGAGGAUUUCAAACACUGGGAGAUAAUGAAAAGAGGUAUUUUUAUAAUAAAUAUUGGUGAUAGAGGCAUAAAAACUAUAUGUACAUGGUCAGGAUUAGGUACUGAGUAACAUUUUUUUUUGUGGGAUCUGGCAGGUACGCUUUAAGAUACUUCAUUUUGGGUCUAUUGAGAUGGACUGUAACUGAAUCAAACAAUAGUUGUAAUAAGCAUAUAAAACAUAAAAUAAAGUAGGUCGCGGUCACGAUGGACAGGGAAAAUUGCAGCUCUGAGCUUACCCAGACUACUAUCCCUGCCUUAUGGGGUGCCCACAUUCUUAAUAGGAUAGCCCAAGCCUUUGUGCUCUACAACAGUGUCAUGCAAUGCUACUCUGCUAUAGUGCAAAGUGUAAUAAAGUCCAAUACAAACACUGUACAGAAGUCAGGGAAGCAGGACAGGACACCAUGGGUUAGCAGGUAUAGUACAAGAAACAAAACACAGGCGAUAAACAGACAAACAGUAAAAAAGCAAUCAGGGGGGCUGAAUACAAACCUAGAGAGCUCCCAGUACAAAUAUUUAGCCAAUGGUCAAGAGCUAGUGCAGAAAGAAUUCAAACACAGGCAAAAAAUAACAGACUGGGUGAGUAUGUACAUUACCACCUGAGAAAGACGUUGACACUAAGACCAGAUUGGCCCAAUGUCCAAGCUUCCUGAUUGGCCUGGGCAUCACCACAGUGAGGCAGGAUGCAUCAGCCAUCUCAGGAGAAAUCAACCCUUCUGCUAGAACCAGAUCCACUUAUUACAGUAGCUCUAUAAGUUACAAAAGGUUUUCUAAAAAAACUAUCGGUAUACAUUAUUAACACUGGGUAUAAAGCCUAAAGCGGGAUCUAUGAGUCCCCACACGCUCCAGGGUAUGGGGGCAAUUGCCACACAUGCACUUCCUAGAACUAUAUCACUGCGUGUAUUAAUAUAAAUUCUCCCUCUAACAAAUCUUAAAUUGUAUCUAAUCCUACUAUAGAAGGUUAGAGAACAUAUUUGCUCUGCUAAUUUUAAAGAAACCAAUAACGAUGGCCUAUUGAAAUUACAGCUACUGCUAUACAGAUCCCCCCAAAAAAAUCACAUAUCAGGCAAUCAAAAUCUCUGAAAGUGUUCAUGUAAUGCCCUUUGUAAUACCCUUUUUUCCAAAAUGAAUUCCACUUGAUCCUUUCCAAACUCCUGACUGGCUUAGAUGGAUCAUGUGAAAUACAAAUUGAUGCCAAUGAACCACGAAGUGCUUUUUUGGGACUACCGCAUCCUUACUUAGACAUGUUGAGAGGUGGUUUAUUAAUAUAAUUUACUCUAUUAGAAUGUCACACUGGUGUUGCAUUAUAAAGAGGUUUGUUAUAUAAGCAUAUCAUAUAUUUAUGAACUUCUGGUUGAAACCUUUAAGAGAUAAUGGUAAGGUUAGUAAUAUGUUACCAUAAAACCAAGUUCUGAUUAUUUUCUUAUAAAAUCUGAAAUCUGAAUUUAUUUUAAUAAGCACAAUAUUUCAUGGAGGCAGAAUGUGCGACUACUAUGGGGUUCUGAGGCCAAGCUUUGGUUUAUGUCAACAUCUUCAUUAAAGGAGAUGAGAACUUACAAUGUUAGUAGACAAGUGUAUACCAUAAUAAAAGGGCCCAUUUUGAUGUUUAUGGGGCCCCUUUCUUCUGUGUUAAAUUAUUGUAUUUAGAGAGAUGUGAUCUUGCUAUUGAUUGUAUAAUGGUGAGUGCAGAUGAAUCACUCCUGUAUAUCAUAGAUGACAUUUAUAUAAAGAUAUUUUUUAAAGAAGGAUUACUAUAUUUGUACUUACUACUGUGCAUCAGCUGUUAUGCAGUGUUUUGAAUAUAUGGAGUACAUUUACAAAAAUAUAAUAAAUAUUA